GUGAACGAGCACGAGAGGGGCGGGCUGUCUUAAGUAGGAGCGCGGAAAUGACGAGCGUCGCAGGCUGAGGAGAGAGCGCAGCGACAGAGAAGCAGCGAUAGCGGGUUUCUGCAGAGUGAAGUUGAGGAUCCAGUGUGUGCGAGAGAGGAUGAAGUGUCUCACUCUGGACUGCACUGCAGCGCAUGGCUUCUGAUUCAAGAUUCUGAGUUUCCACAGCUGCUUUUGGCAUUGCACAGGGCAGUCGGAACGACAACCACAAACCAGCUUGAGAAGGGAAAAGAGGAUCUUUUAUUUUUCUUGCAUUUGCUCCUGCAAAACAAUAUAGGAAAGGUUCAAGGCAUUACAGUGACUCUGAAACCUUUUGGAAACCCCAAGGAGUCUCAGUGACGCUGCUGUUGUCUCAGUCUGGUCCUCAUCUCGACGUGAAGGAGAGAGAGGAAAUUCGAAAGCUAGAAAGAGUUCAUUCAAGGAUAGCAGCAUCCUGUUGGGCCUGUGUUCAAGUUUCUGAAAGCAGAAUGGCUAAGAGACAUGCUCAGAAGGAUCCUACGGGAGUGGUUUUUGACACCCAGUCCAAAAUGGUGAUGUCUCAAGGAGGAAGCUUUGAGAAAAUGAAGGAAAAGAUCAGUGCUGUGAGAGCGGUCGUGCCCAACAGAAGCAACAAUGAGAUUGUUCUGGUGCUGCAGCAUCACGACAACAGUGUGGACCGAGCUGUGCAGGCCUUUGUGGACGGUAGUGCAGCGGAUAUCUUGAAAGAGUGGAAUGUAACUGGCAAAAAGAAGCCCAAGAAGAAGAAGCCCAAACCUAAGCCAGCCGUGGAGGGGCAGACUGAGCCGGGACAGGCGCUCAACGGGCAGCCGUGCCAUUCCGCCUCAGAGACAGACCGGGUGAACGGUUACCAUGUCAAUGACUCCCUGAACGACGGGGAGUCGGUGGACUCUCUGAGCGAGCAGCUGGACUGUGUGUCUGUGGACACACGGGACCUUGAGGACUCUGAGUCGGCUACACCAGAGUUGCCAGACACUACAGUUGCAGAUUUUGAAGACGGCAAACCCAGAGUGGAGCUCCAGAGCCAGCCCAGCCAGCCCCCUCAGCAGCCUCAUGCGUCCCGGGUUCACCAGAACCAGAGGAGCUCCAGUAAACCGCACCCCCGGACCAGCUGCAGCUCCCAGCCCUCCCCCGCACUCUCACUGCUCCUCCCUGAGGACUCUUCGCUCGCCAGCGCAGCCAACAAGAAACUGGCUUCCAACAUCGACAAGUCUGUGAAGGACCUGCAGCGCUGCACGGCCUCUCUCACUCGCUAUCGCGUGGUGGUGAAGGAGGAGAUGGACUGUUCCAUCAAGAAGAUGAAGCAAACCUUUGCUGAGCUGCAGAGCAGCUUGAUGGACCGGGAGGUUGCCUUGUUGGCAGAAAUGGACAAAGUCAAAGCAGAAGCCAUGGCGAUCCUGGACAGCCGUCAGAAGAAGGCGGAGGUGCUGAGGAGACUGAGUGAGCAGGCCGUGGUCAUGUCUGAGGAGCAGCUGAGUGAGCUCCGGGCAGAUAUAAAGCACUUUGUUAGCGAGCGGAAGUAUGAUGAAGACCUGGGGAAAGCUGUCAAGUUCACCUACGAACUGGAACCAGCUAAGAAAAGCAUCAUGACAUUCGGACAAGUGUACCACCCCCAGACCGGGUACUCCAACCGCUCCCGCUGCAGCUCAGUCUCCUCCCCCAGCACCCUGGAUUGCCCUCCCUCUGUGCCCCAGGCCUCUGGGUACAGCCCCCCGAGCAGCAGCCCUCGACCGCCCGCGCAGCCCCAGAGACAGGGUUACCAAGGUAAUAGAAGGCCAGGUCAAGGUUACCAGCCUCGGGGUCAAAGGCCGAACGGGGCGUCAUACCAGGGCCGCUACGAAGACCGAAACAGAAACAACAGGACCAACUUCCGCUACCAGAGCCAAGCCCAGCCCAGGACCGCCAGCACGGCCAGCCCAGCCAACCCUUCCCCUCCCACCAACGGGACUGCGCCUCCUCGCCCCAGACAGGACCAGCCCAACGGGCUCCCCCAGCGCCCUCCCCGAACACACUGCCCUACGCCAGGCCCCUGAGACACCAGCGAUGGAAGAACCCGAAAUGGAAGUUUACAUCUACAGCUCUUGUGCCACUUUAAGUCCUUUUUCUUCUUUUGAACCCCUGUCCCCCAUUGCACCCUUCAGCUUUGUUUGUGUGUUGCUAUGUUUCCACCUACAGUUAUUCACUUAAAACUGCAUCUAUAUACCUUGGUACCUUUUUUUUUUUUUUUUUUUUUGUCUACUUGCCUUUCCUAGAUUUUUUACAACCCUCUUGAUGCUACUUCAGAAGAACACAAUGGAUAUUUGUAUCCAAGACCUUUCAUUCUUGCAGUGUCUGGAGAAUGCCUCCAUACCUUCUGAGUGUCGCGUUGCAUUCAGAAGAUUAUAAUGGAGAUGUGCGAGGGGAGUGAACUGAUUCCGGGGUGUCUAAUGAUCCAGAACCUCAGAUAUUCUUAAAGAAACAGUGAGGGAUGUUCGCUAGCACUAACACGUGCAGAAAAUAUCCUCACCCAUUCCAGUGGGUCUUGGUUUGACUCCAGUUGGGGGCAUUAAUUGGCCUCGCAUUCCUGCCUUUAACAGCUGGCAGCUUAUUCAAGUCCAGGGAAUGAAAUGACCUCCUCUUUGCCUUGCACACAGAGCUCUGCCCUCUUUCUCUCUUUAUCUCACACACACCUCCAGACCCCGUCACUGCACGAGGUAACAGCUCACUGAUUUAAAAGCUGGCAGAUCCACAAAACAGGACCCUUCCUGAAAUAUUCUUUCAGACCUGAGACUCCAUGGUUUCAAAACCCUGGUGAAGUACAUUUAUUCACGAGUGGUAUUUUAGAUCCACCAGUUGAAUCGCGCCCUGUUAAUGUCUAUUGAAAUUGUCUUGGUAACGGUUUGGGGUUUUGGGUGAGCAUGGAUUCGCUGUAGAGGGUUUAUUUUGGAGAUUCAGUUCUGGUGAGGAGUGCGUUUUGUGAAGACCCUGUGGCUCCCCCUGGUGGUGCCCUUGCAGCAGUUCAGCCUGUUGGUAUAGAACUGCGUGCCAGUCUAUUGGAGCUGUUAGGAGGAUAUUGUCCUAAGAUGUUGAUUUAACAUUGUACUGAAGAAUAAUGUUCUAUUUUGAGCUAGUUGAGGUCUUCUUGUAUUUGUCUUAGCAAGUACAGAUUGGUUAGAAACUGGAGUGGCUCAAAGUGUUUGCUAUGAUUUAUAUUAUUGGGAUCAAAGACUGUCUGUGUCUGUUCAUUGCAGAGAGAGAUUGUAUAAGCAUGACAGUAGAUGGUAUUAAUCCUUAAGGAAAAGCAAUGUUAAGAUUUAAUUUCAUUAUGUGGCUCCAUGAUGGAGUCUCGGGUAUAGAUAAUGUAGAUUGACCAUGUGUUGAUCGAUGUGGCGUAACUGUUAGGGGAGUUUGAAUGGACUCCUAUUCAACAGUUCCUGCUUACAAAUACAUUAAUAAUAAAAAUAAUAGUACUCUACAGCUGAAGCAUAAUAAAUGAAGAUAUGAAAGGCAAGGGACCAGGCUUACAAAUAACUGCAAAAAAGGAAGAACAUGUGAUUUACAGAAACAAGUAACAAAUUGAGGUUGAAACUUCUAGAAUUGCCUCAAGAAAUACUUUGUAACUUUUUGCUUCCUUUAACAGAAUGGGAGGAGGAGAAUUCGCUGUUCUUUUUCUCCGGUCUCCAGUGAAGCCACUCUCACACUUUAGUGCCUUGGUUAUAGUCGGCAAUGAAUUCCAGUUUUUAUCUCUGCUGGGUAUUUCUCUAACUUGAUUGUGUUUUUGUCUGCACAUUAAAGUAUGGUUCUGUGAGGGAGUGGCAACAGUAAUUGAUUCUCUUGAAGGUGGUGUCCCUUUUGAUAUCUUUGGUACCCUUUUCACUGCCCCCUUAUUUAGUAAAAACAGCCCCCUCUGUUCCAUGCUGCUCCCCUGCUAUUGGAAUCCUGCAGCGCUGUUUGUGCUGCACAGAGUGCCUGUAAAGAAGCAGGGUGGCACAGAGGAAAGCUCUCGCGAGGAGGGUGUGUGCCCUGUGUAAGAGAAGGGUCCUCUGUACUAUACUGCAGCGCUGUCAGUGAUUUGAAAAUGUAAAAGUUCAGCGCUACGGGGAAGCUAAUCGACAGAUGAAUGGAUUUUAAAACCGUUCAGGUUUGUCAUUCAGUUCCAUUUGGAUUGAAAUUGGGUCACAAGGGCGUGAAACCUUUUGGAAGCUGGGGAACAAAACAAGCAUUGUAACACAAGGUAUUAUGCAUGCCACUUUGUAAAUGAUUAGGCUCAGAACAGUCUAAUUGCUUUGACGUUCUGGUUGUCAAGUAAAGAGAAAGCUGUAAUUAGCUGUUCUGUGUACUGAUGUGGAUCUGACAGUAACAAUGGCAAAGAAAAAAGCUGCAGAUAGUGAACAGUGCAGUCCACGGCGAUUCUUCAGUUUUGCUCUAAUACAAUCAAGCUGUAGGAAUUGAGAAAAGCAGCUGUUUUUAAAAAUCCAAUACAAAAUACACAGCUGUUGUACAGACCUGCCAAAAAAAUAAAACAACCCCAUAUGAAAAUAAAUAAAACAAACAAUACCAAAAAAGAAAAAAGGGUGAUUUGGGGCUUGCUGGAUGCAAAAAGGCACAUUUAAAAAGCUUAAGCGAGGGCUGAGAGCUUCAGGUUCUCAUCAUCGGGGGGAGAGGCUGCCAUUCAGCAUGAAACUUGUCACUAGACCCACUGAGACUAUAUCUGAUUUCCUCCAGUUUGAGAAGUUGCAUAAUGUCUCUAACCCAGUGAACAUAUGAGGGUGGGGGAAGUGUGCUUCCAAUUUAACAAAAUAAGACUUUGGGCCAAGAGUGAUGCAAACGCCAGGGUGCUCGACUGCAGAAGAAUCAAUGGGGCAUGUGGGAGAGAACAGACGCACAAAAUUCUGAAUUUGCAAACGGCAAAAGAAAUGCGUCCUUGGUUUGUUAUAUUUUAGUGAAAGACUCUCAAAGGAUGCAAAGUUACUGUCAAUGUAAAGAUCUUUCAAACAUUUCAGACCAUUUCUAUGCCAGGUAUGGAAGGAGGGAUCACUCCCAGAGGGUACAAAAUGAGGGUUAGCAACAGUGGGAGACAACAUUGAUAUGGACUGGAAACCAAGAGGCUGCCUGAACUGGGCCCCACAUUUGAAGGGAGUGUUUUAUUAAAGGGUUAUUGCUAAACUGGGAAUCGGAAAGCGAUAGAGAGGAACAUAUCUGUGACGGUAAGGAAGUAGGCUGACAAGAAGCAGCUUCCACAGGUAGCCAAGCUGGGCCUGUCUGCUGUAGAUGGGCAUGUAGCCACUGUCUUAUGCAACGAAUAUUUGCUGACCAAUAGUAAAAGUGGAAAUUAGACAAGGCCCACCGACGAGAUGCUCUGGUCUCUGAAGGAAGGACCUGCGAUUACGAGGAUUUUUCUUGUUCCAUAUAAAUGAAGUCAGUUUAUCUAGUGUUUAAAGAAAAAUAAUAAUUUAGGGAAGAAGCUAUAAGAAUUUAGGAAGUAUAUUCAUUUUAACUGAGUUAAUACGGUAGAGCUAACCAGUGUGCAAAAUCCUGUUUAAUAUGAUCUAAUAGAGGAGUGGAAUUUGAUUGGUUGGUAUGGGAUCGUGUAACAGUAAUUCCUAAUUAUAUAAACUUUUCAUAUGAAAUUUUAAAGGGUGCACAUUGACCAUUUACAGUUGCAGAAUUGAUUGGAAACAAUUCACUUAUGUACAUUGAGUUUAUAUCCAGAAGAUUUACCAAAUCUAUCAAAAAGACAGGUCAGACAGGUAAAGAAGAUUAUGUGCGUAGAGAGACGUCCCCUGUUCCAAUCCUCCCUGAGCCACACCCUGACUCGUAUGUAGGGCAGGCAUGAGUGUCUAAUUAAAUACUGGUGUGGGGCUGGAAAUGUAUUACUUCUAAGUGUGUGUUGAAUAAGAGCAUAGCAACCUCCUCAAACACGAGCUGUGAGGUCUCAGAUAAUAAAGGUCACUUUUAAUUGCAGUUCUCUAGCUUUUGAACAAUAACGUACCACACCCAUUCACAGCGGCAAGGACAUAAUGCAUUGUCACACACAAAACAUCUUUCUGGCACGACACCUUUUUGUUUUUGUCUGAUCUCCUCCAGAACGCUGGCACACACUGUACUGUGAUUGCCGUUCUCUUUGUCUCUGCCACAGUGAGUGUUUCUUGCUGUGCAGCUCUGAGUUUGCCUGUCGCUGUGCACUUGGGACAGCUCUCAAACUAGAAGUGCCUUCCGUCAUCUCUUCAAGUCCUGCCACGUGUAGCCAUCCCCCCAAACAUGGGACCAAAGACCCCUCCUUCUCCUCCUCCCUUCCCUCAGAGUCUGGUUUCCAGUGCACAGAGCAGUGCUGGACAGGAUUAAGAGGCUCCACUCAGUCUCGUGAUUAGUAAUGAUACUGUUAAUAAAAUGAUGUUAGCAAAUACAA